CCCCCCCUCUGGCCCCGCCCCGAGCAGAGACACGUCGUAGGGAAGCGGCAGCAGCGUCCGUGUCCGGCCGGAGCCGCCGCCUCGCCAGUUUGCCAGGCAGUUUUGGCUUGCUAUGAGGACCUAAGAUGGAUCCAGAAGAGCAGGAGCUGUUCAGGGACUACAGAUACAGAAAUUAUUCUUCAGUGAUUGAAAAAGCUUUGAGGAACUUUGAAUCUUCAAGCGAAUGGGCAGAUCUCAUAUCUUCACUUGGCAAACUCAAUAAGGCUCUUCAAAGUAACCUGAAGUACUCCCUCUUGCCAAGACGUCUGAUUAUCAGUAAGAGAUUAUCUCAGUGCUUACAUCCAGCUUUACCUAGUGGAGUGCAUUUAAAAGCACUAGAGACCUAUGAAAUCAUCUUUAAAAUUAUUGGGACAAAAUGGCUUGCCAAAGAUUUAUUCCUCUACAGCUCUGGCUUGUUUCCCCUGCUAGCAAAUGCAGCAAUGUCAGUGAGGCCUAUUCUCCUCGGUUUGUAUGAGAAAUAUUUUCUUCCUCUGCAGAAGUCCCUCUUGCCAAGUCUUCAAGCCUUUAUAAUUGGACUGCUGCCUGGAUUGGAGGAGGGGUCAGAAAUUUAUGACAGAACAGAUGCUUUGCUUGUGAAGCUGUCUGUACUAACAGGCCAAGAAGUGUUCUAUGCUGCUAUCUGGGGGAGUGUUCUGGUCAGCCCUUCUAUAAGACUUCCUGCUUCUCUGUUUGUUGUGAGUCAUAUCAACAGAGAGUUGUCUGGAAAACAGCAGAAGUACAUGCUGGGAACUGAUUAUAAGCUCACAGUAAAAUCUUUGCGUGUAUCAGUAUUGGAUUCAAAUGUUCUUGUGCAAAGAAACACUUUGGAAGUGCUUCUCUUCUUUUUUCCAUUUUAUACAUCUUUGGACUACAAUGAAAGUGCUAUUCCACUGCUCAGGUCUGAUGUAGUCCAUAUUCUCUCAGCAGCUACACAAACACUCUUGAGGAGAGACAUGUCACUAAAUAGAAGAUUAUAUGCGUGGUUGCUAGGCUCUGAUAUUAAAGGCGGUACUUUUGCUCCAGAUUCUGCAGCUUUUGAAGAUCAUGCCCUCUAUUUUUUUGGAAAAUAUUCCAAAGAUCUUUUAGUUGAGGCUUUGAUUGAAAUAUUGCAUCAGAAGUUCUCAGAGUCUGCCUUAGAAGAUCAUGCAUAUCUGAAACCUUUCCGUAUCCUAAUUAGUCUCCUUGACAAACCUGAAAUAGGGCCACAAGUUGUUGGGGAUUUGUUCCUUGAAGUGAUUCGAGCCUUUUAUUCUUAUUGCAAGGAUGCCCUGGGUUCUGAUCUUAAACUUGGCUACAGUCAAAGUGGCAAUGUACUUACAAGUGCAAUCAAAGAGAAUAGAAGUGCCUCAGAAAUUGUUAAAACAGUCAACUUGUUGAUCACAUCCCUAAGUACAGAUUUUCUAUGGGAUUAUAUGACCAGAUGUUUUGAGGACUGCUUCAGGAAUAAAUCCAUGCAGACAAGAUACCCUACUGAGAAUGUCAGCACUCCUCCUACAAUCUCAGAGCUCUGCACACUACUACUGUUCCUUCUUGAUGUGAUUCCUUUGGAACUUUACUCUGAAGUGCAGACUCAGUAUCUCCCACAGAUGCUCAGUUACAUGGUACAGUCUCUUCUGGAGAAUGUGGAGACUCUAAGUUUACCAGAACUCACUCAUGCUUUAAAGACCUGCUUCAAAGUGCUUAGCAAAGUACAAAUGCCUCCUGCCGACUUGGAUAAUGAGACCGGAAGUGAAAACUCGAGCCCAGUGAAACAAGAAAAUGGUGAUAUAACUUUAGAAACCAAGCCUGCACUACAGGAUGAAGAUGACACUGCUUUCGCUCCCCUCAAGUCUGAAGACAGUGGCAUAGGUCUAAGUGCCUCAUCCCCAGAGCUCUCUCAACACUUAAGAUUGCCAAGAGUGACUCCUGAAAAGGAUGAUGUUUGGAAAAAUGGGGGGAGUAUUCAGAGGACUUUGCAUUGUAUCCAAGAGUUAGUUGAUAAGUUUGCCAGUAAAUACAUUUUUGGGGUGCAUUUACAAGAUCCAGGAAAUGGCAGAAUUUCAAUAGCAAACAUGAGCAGAGGAGAGAAGAAAGAAAAUAAUUACAGCGUCGCUGAAAAUGCUAGCAAGAAAAAGAACCCCUGGGAAGGAAAGCAAAUUACCGUACCGCAGUUUAAACAAAUGCUUUCAGACUUGUUCACAGUUCGAGGAUCACCAUUUAAACAGAAAAGUCUGGAGCCUCUCUUCCCUGCAAACCAUGACGUUGGUAGCAAAAAGGGAAAAGAAGAAUGGGACAUUGAGCAGGUAAUGCUUGAUUUGGGGGACAUGAAAGAAGACUGCAGAGAGGCCUUUGCUGCUGCUUGUCACCUUCUACUGGAAUGUACUACUUUCCCAGUCUACCUUUCUGAGGAAGAAACAGAACAAUUGUAUUUAUCUCUGUUUCACGUUCCUGGAGGUUGUGAUACCAGCUUCCCUCUGUGGCUUAAAUCCCUAAUGACGAUAUGCUGCUGCGUAAAUGACUGCUACAUUCAGAAUGUGUCCAUCUCCACGCUGCUUGAAGUUAUCAACCAUUCUCAGUCACUGGCACUUGUGAUUGAAGACAGAAUGAAGCGGUAUAAAAUCUCUGGACACAACCCCUUCUUUGGGAGACUGCAGAUGGUCACAGUUCCUCCAAUUGCUCCUGGCGUCCUAAAGCUAAUAUCCGAGAAAACCAACUUCUAUCAGAGAGUCGCUCAAGUACUUUGGAAUCAGCUGAACAAAGAGACAAGGGAGCACCACAUUACCUGUGUGGAGCUGUUUUAUAGACUGCACUGCUUGGCUCCAUCAGCUAAUAUUUGUGAAGAUAUUAUUUGUCAUACGCUAUUGGAUCAUGAUAAAGGGACAAGGCUGGAGGCACUUUUCAGAUUCUCUGUGAUAUGGCAUUUGACCAGAGAAAUCCAAGGCAGCAGAGUCACUUCCCACAAUCGAUCCUUUGAUAGAUCUCUGUUUGUGGUACUGGACAGUCUAAAUUGUUCAGAUGGUGCAAUUGGUGCUGCAGCACAGGGUUGGCUGAUACGUGCUCUCUCGCUUAAUGAUGUUGCACGAAUUCUUGAGCCAGUAUUCCUGCUUCUUCUUCAUCCAAAGACACAGCGCACAUCCAUCCAUUGCAUCAAACAGAAGAAUUCAGCAGAAGACUUACAUCAUUGGUUUAGCAAGAAAAGUGCCUCUUUCAAAGAGUCAUUUGGAGCCUCUGAGCUACAUGAAAGCAGUUCUGAAGAAAACAUACCACUGAGCCAAUUUACAACCGUGGACAGGGAAGCUAUUUGGGCUGAAGUGGAAAUCGAUCCAGAGACAUCUCAGCUAAAAAAUGGACGGUCUGAAAAUGAACCAUCUCACUGUACAGAACCUCCACAGGAUCCCAGUGGUGAUCAUAACAGUGAACACACAGAAUCGGCAGAUACCAGCACAGGACAUAAUGAUAGUGAAAAUACAUCCUCUUUUUCAACUUCUCUGGAUCCACAGGAAAUGAGCAAUGAGGAGAACUGUAGAGCUACAAUCGACUGUAGAGAAAACAUGAAGAAUGUUAGUUCAUCUAAUACUUUCCCUCUUCAUGGCUCCAAAUCCAGUACUAUGUUAAAUCUUGUGCGUGCAGACUCUGAGAAAACUCAAGCAUCGGAAUCACUAUCAAGUGAUGAGGAGGUGGACUUGGAACUCCAAGCAAUUACAACUUCUAGGCUGCUCAAGCAGCAGAAAGAAAAACAAGAGAUGAUAGAGGCUCUGUUUAAACACAUUCUCCUGUAUUUUCAGCCUUACGAUUCCAAGAGGGUUUUGUACGCUUUUUCUGUACUAGAGGCAGUACUCAAAACAAACCCUAAGGAAUUUAUUGAGGCUGUAGCCAGUACUAGCAUGGAUACGAGCUCUACAGCUCACUUAAAUCUCAUCUAUAAUCUUCUAGCCCGGCACCAGGAAACUCUUGUGGGACAGAGCUUUUAUGGUAAGCUUCAGACUCAGUCACCAACCAUGUGUCCCCAUUCUUUAUUAAUAGAAUUGCUGACUUACCUCUGUUUGAGUUUUCUGCGCUCUUACUAUCCAUGUUACUUGAAGGUAACCCACAGAGAUGUGCUUGGCAACAGAGAUGUCCAAGUCAAAAGUGUAGAAGUCUUGAUUAGAAUGAUGGCGCAGCUGGCCACAAUGGCAAAGUCAGCAGAAAACAAGAAUAUCGAGUUUAUACACAACUUGCUUGGAAGAUGCAAAAUUCAAGAGUUUGUUCUUCUUUCUUUGUCUGCUUCUAUGUAUACAAGUCAAAAACGGUAUGAACUGAUGACAUCUGAUAAAAUUAAUAGCGUAAUCGAAGAGAGCCUGUUUGAAGAAAGCCUUAUCAAUUUUGGGCAAGAUCAGAUAUGGAGUGAACACCCCCUUCAGAUUGAGCUGCUGAAGCUUUUGCAAAUAUUGAUUGUCUUGGAGCACCAUCUUGGGCAGACACAUGAGGAACAGGAGAACCAGCCAGACCUAUCUAAGGAAUGGCAACGGGCUCUUAAUUUCCAGCAGGCUAUUAGUGCAAUGCAGUAUGUGCAUCCACACCCAAUAACUUCACAAGGAUUAUUUGUCUCCGCUGUAGUUAGAGGUUUGCAGCCAGAGUAUGGCUAUGGGAUGCAUCCAUCUUGGGUAGGUUUAGUCACACAUUCUUUGCCAUACUUUGGGAAAUCUUUAGGCUGGACUGUGGCACCAUUUAUCAUACAGAUAUGUAAAAACCUGGAUGAACUUGUUAAACAAUAUGAAAAUGAAACUGUGAAGAUGUCUGUGAGCGUAACUUCUAAAAGGGAGAACAUUACACCAGAUUAUCCUCUGACACUUUUGGAAGGCUUAACAACCAUUGGUCAUUUUUGCCUUUUGGAUCAUCCUAAUCAAGCCAAAAAGGUGUCCCCUAUAUCUGACCCCGCAAACCUGAGAAAUGCCAGGAAUGCCAUUUUGGAAGAAUUGCCUCGUAUUGUUAAUACAAUGGCCCUUCUUUGGAGUGUUAUAAAAAAGGAAGACUCUCAAAAAAGACCAACUGACUUUCUUGGAGCAACCAAAGGCUCUUCUUCAGUAUACUUUAAGGCAACCAAAACGAUAAAAAAUAAAAUUUUAGAUUUCUUGAAUCCACUGACGCCACAACUUGGAGUCCAGUUAAUAUCAGCAGUAGCAGCAGUAUGGAACAGCAAAAAAGCUCAUAAGAAUCAAAGUAAAAUAAAGAUUCUUCCAGUGGCUAGUGCAUCUCAGCUUAUUCUUGUGGACUUAGUGUGUGCACUUAACACUCUGAAGACUGACACUAUAUUACAGCUGGUAAAAGAAGUUGUCAAGAAACCAUCCCAAAUCAAAGGCGAAGAGAAAUCUUCUCUAGUGGAUAUCCCAGUGCUGAAAUUCAGCUAUGCUUUCAUUCAAAGACUUCCUGUCUCAGCCCUGCAGGAGAACUUUCAGUCAUUGUUAGGAGUGCUGAAGGAAUCUGUGCAAUUGAACUUGGCUCCCCCUGGAUAUUUCCUGCUUCUGAGUACUCUGAAUGACUUUGUGACCAGAACUCCUAACCUGGAAAAUAAAAAGGAUCAAAAAGACCUGCAGGAGGUGACCCAAAAAAUCUUGGAAGCAGUGGGGAAUGUUGCUGGUUCCUCCCUGGAACAGACUAGCUGGCUGAGCAGAAACCUGGAGGUGAAAGCCCAGCCUCAGAUCUCUUUAGUUGAAUCCAGUGCUGAAGAUGACUUGUAUGAUGCUUCACUAGUACCAUCUUCAAUGGUGUCUGCCUCUGCUCCCUCAAUAUACAGUGUUCAAGCUCUUUCUCUUCUUGCAGAAGUUCUUGCUUCUCUCCUGGACAUGGUUUACCGUAGUGAUGAAAAAGAGAAAGCCGUGCCAUUAAUUUCACGUCUGAUGUAUUACGUAUUUCCUUAUCUACGCAAUCACAGUGCCUACAAUGCCCCUAGCUUCCGUGCUGGUGCUCGGUUGCUCAGCUCCCUAAGUGGAUAUGCCUACACUAAACGAGCCUGGAAAAAAGAAGUUCUGGAGUUAUUUGUGGACCCAGCUUUCUUCCAAAUGGACACUUCAUGCAUUCAUUGGAGGUCCAUUAUAGAUCAUCUUCUAACACAUGAGAAAACUAUGUUUAAAGAUUUUAUGAGUAUGCAGAGCAGUUCGUUAAAAAUGUUUCCAAGUUUUGAGCAAAAAGCAAUGUUGUUAAAGCGUCAGGCUUUUGCUGUCUUUAGUGGAGAAAUCGAUCAGUAUCACCUUUACCUUCCAUUAAUACAAGAACGACUGACAGAUAACCUCCGUGUUGGACAGACUUCUAUAGUUGCUGCCCAGAUGUUUCUCUUUUUCAGAGUUCUGUUGCUAAGAAUUUCUCCUCAGCAUCUAACCUCACUGUGGCCAAUCAUGGUGACUGAAUUGAUUCAGACAUUUAUACAGCUGGAAGAAGACUUAGCUGAGGAAGAUGAACCAUCAAAGAGCAACAGCAAAGUAAGCAGACAGAAAACUUCAGCUUCAGCUGAUGGCAGUGGCCCCUUACUUUCAGACAUACAACAGAACGAGCUGUCCUUGUAUUUAUCAGCUUGUAAGUUCCUGGACACAGCGCUUUCUUUUCCACCUGACAAGAUGCAGUUAUUUCAAAUGUACAGAUGGGCCUUUGUUCCAGAAGUGGACACAGAGACUUGUACCAUGACCUCUCAUCUAAUGGAAAAUCACCAGGAAUGUAAACCACAUAUCAUUAGAAUCAUGGACUCGUUAAAGCUGAAAUAUGGGGAAACAAACACUAAUGAGAGAACUUCAGAGAAAUGUGACUAUCCUCUUUUGAACCUUCGUUCUAUAUCCAGCAUCACACAGUUAAUGCCCUUCUUCAGGACCCUGAGCUGUGGGUUCAGAGCACAAGGUAACAGGUCCCAAAAUGCACAGAGUUCAGCAUCUCUGUCAGUGGAAUAUUCUCUUGGCAACAGCACGAGGAUCUUGAAACAACUAGAAGAAAGUGUUGAAUGUGACUUUUUGGAAAACCUGGAAAGUUAGGGCAAUUACAGGACAAUUCAUUUAUGUUGGUAUAAAUAGUGAAACCAAGCUACAACCUCAUUGUCAAAGAGAUUUGUUACUGGGUUAUUUUGUUUGUUUUUUCCUGCCACACACUCCCAGUUUUGAAACUGCAGUUCAGCUUUUUUUGUACUGCUAUAAAGUACACCUCCUGGAAUCUUGUUUCUUGCUUUGUGUUGAACUGUGAGGAUUUUUGCUCAGCUUCUGUGGAAGAGAAAGGUAACGUAAUUUAAUACCAGUGAUAACUUAUCAUUAUAGUCUUCUUCACAAUGGAAACACGAAUAGGAUUCAAGAAAACCUUUUGUAAUUAUAGUAGAAAUAUUUUGACUAAUUAAGGAAGGCAAAAAAAUUACUAUUUAUCUAACCAAUUAGCAAGCUAAUAUUUUAAUCUGACUUGGAGAACCUUUCUUCUAAAAGGAAAAAGAAACUAAUGUAGCUUUCCAAAAAUUGCGUGUGUGUGUGUGUGUGUAUAUAUAUAUAGAGAUAGAUAUAUAUGCAAGAUGACUGUACACAGACAUGCAAUUUUUGGAAAGUUACAUUACACACACACACACACACACACACACACACACUUUCCAGAAGCUGUUUAAAUUCCGCUUAUAGUGCUCUUUCUUUAACAAUUGCCCAAACAUAUUUAUGUACUAAACUUCUACAGAAGUAAACUAAAUUACCAGCAGGUGUAUUUUAUCAGCUUUAUGAUGAUGUAAGUAAUGUGCAGAUGUACUGCAUCUGUAAUCUCAAAUCUGUAUUCUAGUAAUAUACUUUGCAAGAUCAGUGAUUAUUUAAUUUAGAAGACAGACCUAUUCAGUAACAUUUAUUGUAAUUUAUAUCGCUGAACUAAAUUAUUCCCAUAAUUCAAAGGGUCACUUUUCUAAAAUGAAAACUUUGUUCAGAAAUUGUUCUUUCAGAGACUAAAAUCACCUUACAGCUUUUGAAUGGCAAUUUAAGUAAGGUAGUCCUGUAAAAAUGUAAACUACUGUAUACAAGAAACGUACAGAUCUUGAAAUGUAUGUGCGUUCUGUCCUUCAUAGACUCUUCACUUUCAUGGGUGAUCAAAAGCAAAACCUUUUACAGUUUUUAAAGACUCUUUGUACAGGUAAAUGUCUUUGCUGCUUUAGGUGGCACAAAAGAUAGGAGGAGACAGUUCAUGGGGCUGUGACUGAAAGGUUCAGGAGCAACCUCUGAAUUCUGGUGGCAAAGCAGUUCUGAUGGAUUUAGAGGAAAGGGAUUGACUGGCUUAUUCUCCCUCCACACAGUAAGGCUAAAUGUCUGAACUGCCUAAGAUGCCAUGUGUUUGAUCGUGGCCUCAUGGUGAGCAUCCUGGCGGUUUCCUGCAGAAGGAUUAAAGAGUUUUUUUUUUUUUAUUGAGAAAGCAAACAUUCUUGAAUUUUCAAACUGCCUGUUAAUCCAAUGAAGUAUAAAAUCAUUAAGAUCAACAAAUAAGAUAAUAAAUUAUGUAGGUUGAAUUAUUUUGGAGCAUUUUACGUUUGUCAGGGAGAAGAGCUUUACUUGUUCUGUUUUAGUACCUUCAUCUCUAAAGAUGUGUUUUGGUGCAAUAUUGUUGAGCAGUUGGCCACUGCUACUAGUGUUAAUUGGAAACCUCAAUGCCAAGCUAGACCUGCCAAGACUUUUGAUUUUAAACAUCGUAUUGCACUUUUCUAUUUUAAAAAGUCCUAGGAAACAGUAAAGGUGUUGGACAGUGCAGACAGAGAUGUGUUUUAUUUUUUCCAAGAUUUAUACAGAAACACAGGAGGCUACUCUGCAAUUCUUGUUGGCCUUCAGAUAAACUUAGGUUUUUCAUCUGUUUUGAUACAAAAUGAAAUGGUGAAACAUACACAACAUGCUUUACUGUAAUUGUGCUAUACCAUUGACUAAUGAAUAGUUAUUUACUCAUAGUCCUAUGUUGAACUUUAAUCAUUUGUAAACGUUGGUAUAUUUAAGUGUAGUAUUGUUUACUCAUUAUGAAUGUGAAUUAUCAGACUUCAUUCUGAAUGUAACUUAUUGACAAAUUAGAUCUGUGAAAGCUGUUGGCCUAAUCACGGGUAAAAAGAUGUAGUAUCUCUUCUCAAUCAUAAAUCGCUAUCAAACUGGAGCAGAACAUUUAUUAAAGUUAAGUAUAUAUGUUACUUCUAAAAUGUUUUCAUUCAACGUAAUCAGCAAAUAAGGCUACGCUCAGGGUAUUUUGAUGGUUUUAUUUGUAAACUAAGUUUUUUGUAACAAGAGGCACCCUUUGUUUUCAGUGAGUGAUUCUCCUCCUGCCUAACCCAGAUGAAGUGCUUAUGUCAAGAGGGCUGUUUGGGAUGAUUCACCACCAGAUCUUUCAUUCCGGGUCCUCAGUUCAGUUCUAGAACUAAACAGCUGCCUGAACAGCUUCCUUUCCACUUACAGGACCAGCAUUGCUUAUGUGCUGGAAUGGGCUCCCUGGGUUGUUGCUCUCAUUUCUACAUCCCGUGAGACAGGGAGUAUCACCUUUGACUUCCCAAGCUUCAGCUGUCACAAGUAUCAGAGUUCUGUCACUUUCAAACAGGUUUCCCCACAUAGCAGCCAAAUGGCAUUAACCACUACAUCACAAGUUCUCUCUCAUAUUUGAUUUUUGCAGCCCACUUUGUAAAGACAAGGUCCCCUUGCGUAUCACUUUGCCAUAUGGAAGUUGGUGGGAUUUAGAGCUUUCUGCUUGUUAUGGUCCUUAAGGACCUCUAGAGAAGUGUCUGGGGACCAGCAACCCAUAAUUGUAGAAUUAUUAAUUGCACUACAGAGUCAGCUGACUUAAGAAGAGAACAUGUUUCUAUUUUAAGUGUCUAAGGCCUGGUUGUGACAUUUACCCAGGGUACAAUCUGGACUGAUGAACAGCUAUGUCCCCUUCAACCUGGGGUACCUUUUACACUGCUUUGCUGUGAGAGCCACCACUCCUGACCUGCCUACACAGCCUCCAACAUGUAAAUCAUUCCCAGCUAUACUAUAAUAGUCAGCCACCCAUGAAUUACGUUGCGGACAACACCAGCAAACUCCCAGUCCCAGACUUUCCCUCAGAAAUGUGGAUCUUGUACUGCCCAGCACUCUCCUGGACGAUACAAGCUCGUAUAAAGUCCAUCAUUUCAUUAAUAGAAAAUAUGUACAAAUCUUGUUAUAACAAAUAGAGUUUCCCAAACACACUGGUUUACAUAAAACAAGUUUAUUAACUACAGAAAGAUAUUGUAAGAGAUUAGAAAUAAUGAGGCAUAAGUCAAAAUUGGUUACAAAGAAAUAAAGGCAAAAUGCAAACUAAUACCUAACUUAACAAGCUAAGUAAAUACCAGCAAAAGUUGCUCUCACCACAUGCUUUAGCAGUCAUAUGUCUGAAAUCCUUUCAGCCAGGAUCUUUCCCCCAGUUCAAUGUUAAUAUCCUUGUCCUUCAGGUGCUGUUGAUAUUGUGAGUAGACAUGAAGGGAGAGAGAUUUGGGGGCCUCUGUUUCCCUCUCUCUUUCUUUGAAAAUCAUCUCCAGCUACAGUUCAGGAGACAGCAAGUCUGUGGAGAUGGGAACCUCCAGCUGUUUUGUUGCCAAGAUGUAAAUUUUUUACUCACCCUUUUUCCUUCCAAAGAAUGGCCGCUUAACCAGGUGAUAGUCCAUUUGACUUCGCUGACGCCUGGCUGAGGCAGAGACAGUUUGCCUUUCCUCUCUGAGGAAGCUGUUGGUGCCUGCUUUUCUAAGCAUGGAAUAUGUCUCAGUACUGUUAUACAGAGGAAAAUUAUAACUUUACAUACAAUGCUGCCACAUAUAUUUUACCAGGACAAUAAAGAUCAGCACAUUAUGAGUUUUCAAAUGAUGCCUCAAAAGACAUACCUUAUACAAAAUCAUUAUAAUUUUUAAGAAGGAGUGAACAGAGGGAUACAGACUGUCUCACUGGUCUACUAUGUGCUAUUUUGGUUGUGGGUGGUGGUGGUUUUUUUUACUGAAAUAGUUAUACCAGUACAACCACAUUAUACCAAUAUAUCUGCAUCCACACUAAACACUUUUAUACCAGCAUAAUUUAUUCCUCUUUCUGUAUAGGAAUAGUUGUAUCAGUUUAAAGGACUAAGAGCUUGCCUACAUGGUGCAGCAAUAUGCACUAGGUGUGACUUCUUGAGUGCACUAAUGUGUUGCAUGCUAACUGGACUGUGUAGACUCUGCUGGUGCACACUAAAAGUUUCCUAAUGCACUGUUGCACUAUGUUAACAUGUACUUAUAGAACUUUUAGUGCAUGCCAACAGGGUCUGUACGAGUCAGUUAGUACACAAAAUGUUGGUACACUUUAGAAAUCACAUCCCCUAGUGUGCAUUGCCAUGCUGUGUUGAUCUGAUGCUGUGUAGAUUAUACUGAUGAAUGCAGUCAUAGUAGGGAGAUAAUAUCACAUUAGCCAUACUGGUAUAGAUAACGCAGUAUAUAACUUGUGUGUAGACACACCCUAAGAAACUUUAGCAUAAAGCCUGAUGUUAGGAACAGUAAAAAGAAUACUUUUGCUUAGUAUGUGUCCAGUCAUGAUGAUUUCUUUGCAAAAUUGAGGUAAAGCAGAAACACUAGUUCAGUUGUUUUUAUAGAAAAUGUAACUUCAAAAUCACAUAGGCUUAAAGCUUAAUUUUCCAGAAGAAAAAGGUGAUAGAUUACUGCCAAAGAACAGCAGAAGUUGAAACAUGGUACAUGAAAUAAAGGCCUUAAAGUGUAUUCCAUGUUAUCUUUUUGAAUGUAAUUCUUUUAACAAUAUUAAAUGUUAUUUUGAAAUACCUCUUCAAAUGGAA